CAAAUGUCACUGACAUUUUAUAUAUUUUUUAUUUAUAUUAUAAUCGGUGCAUAGGGAUUACAUCCUUUACAGAAUAAGUGGAUCCGGUGAAACUGUCAGGUCUGCUGGCCGGUGAGGUGACAAGUGGGAAUUUAGUAAAAAAGGUCACAUGACAUGAUAGAGGAAAUCCAUUAGCAAGGGGUGCGCGGUGUCAAAUGUCCAUGGGCCAUCUCGGCUAUCACCGGUUGGAAUUUCAGAGGCGAAUAAAUCGGACGAAGAAAGUAAAUCUCCACGAGGUGCUUUCAUAUCGGGAGACACGCUUGCGCCGGCCGGUCGUCACCACAGCCUCACCGCUCCCAACCUCGGCCGCCUCCCAGUCUCGAAACCGCCUCCGAAGAGUUCGCCCCCAAAGUUUUUCCACCUCGCGUCGUCAUGGAUGUGAAACACGCGGAUUCUACAACUGACCGUCUAUGUGAUUUCUGAGAUGUGCAUGCGAGGUUUAUGCAGCUCCGGCUUGGCGGUGGGUGUGGGGCUCGUCUCCCUCACCGCACUCGUAACCGGUUUCGUUUCCAACGUCUGGCUCUACACACGAGAGCCUGUAUCGCUUCCGAACAAUCAACCUCCGACGACUGUCACAUUCAGGAUUGGAUUCUGGAGAGUCUGCCCUGCACUCAACAAGACCAACUACACAGUCCGACUACCUUCGCCAUCAUGCUCUCUGAUCAAGUACUCAAGUUGGGAUGAGGUGAAGCACACGGACAUCGGCGUGAACUGGUCGCCGCUAGAAUUCACACCUUCAAUUAUUACAAGAAUGAGGGUAUCUAUGCCUUUUGCUGCCGUGGCUGUGAUCCUGCUACUAAUGGCGACAUUAGCUGCGCUUAUUGGACAUUGCAACAACGACCACAAAACUCUUAUAGCCUGUGCGUUGUACACUCUUGCUGGUCUAUCACUUGCGAGUGGGUUGGUGGUGUUCGCUUCGGUGGUGAGCGACGUGUCGUUGGAAAGGCCGAGGAGAACAUCGGGUCCUACUUUUCAGUAUCGAUACGGAUGGUCGUUCUUCAGCGCUGGUGCUGCUUUUGUUUUGGCGGAAGUGGCCGCGGUUCUGUGCAUCACGGCAUAUUUGCGUCGUUUUCCGACUGCGGAGCAUAUGGUGCGUGCCGUGGUGCCCGGGGCGGAGAGGAAGCUGCUGGCUUCCAGGCAUUCCGACUACGGCGUCAGAACUCCUUCGGAGCAUAACAAGGAGCUGCUCGUCCCCUCGUUUGAAGAGGCGUUGGACGGGCCGUUAUUGACCAAGCCCGACCUAUGCACGACUACAGAGACCCAGUGCCAAAGCUGCAAAAAAGAACAGGAACGUCAACUGGCCGGUACCACGGUCCCCAUCCAGCUCGGGACGAACACGCUGAGGCCGCAACGGACCGCACCGGCCUAUCCCGAAUACAACAGACGAUACGCCACCUUGGGACACACGGGUGUCCUCCACGCAGGAGUCUUGGGCGUAUCGGAAGCGGGAGGCAGCUGGAGUUCGGGGUCGAGCCCCAGCUCGAGUUCGAGCUGUCCUCGGCCUCCGAGGAAACACCAUCAAAAGACACCACCACCUCCACAGGCGGUUAUUUGACAGGAAGUUAACUCGGACGAGGACAUUGUCUAACAGAGGCAUGUGGCUGGAGAUCUCCCCGUCCGAGGUGCUCUUAUUGCCGCUGAAACUGUUUUCAGCACGACAAUUCAAUGCGGACAUAUCAACAACUCCCUCUCAUAUCUUGUUGAAACGAUACAACAAGUCACAUACGUUUUUGACCCGUUACCGCCUGUACAUAUGUAGUUAUACAACUAAUAAACCUUUGUAUAUAAACAAACGAAUUAUAGUGCUUGCUGUCUUGACAAGAUUUUAUAUUAUUGUUAGAGGGUGCAAAAGAAUUUUGUGAUAACUUACUAAGAGGAUUUGUUGACAAUAUUGUUCUUUGUACAAUUUUUUAUGUGGUUAAUUAGAAUAUACUGUUAUAAUGGACAAUUACAAACUUCAUACUUUAAAAUAUAUGUUAUCACCAUUAAAAACUUUAAACAAUUUGUUAAACUGGAAAUAUGAUUCUUUUCAAAUGAAUUUCGAUAUAUCAUUUCUAAAAAUAAAUCAUUAGACUAUAAUUUUCAUCACAACAAAACCAAACUUUGGUAUAUUAUUUUUUUAAAUAGUUUUAAAAUAAGCAUGAAAAAUAAAUUGGUAAAUUUGUAGAAUUUUUUUUUAUGUAUAUAUUUUCUAUUGAUAAUGACUAAUUAAUGAAAUAAAUAUCAGCAGUUAACGUGAUCACUGCCAUAUACAUAAGGCAGAAUGAGUCCGUAUUGAGCAUAGGAUAAUCGUUCAAUUAACAACACACAAUAAUCUCUUAUAAAAUUAACCACCAAUAUUAUAAUUUUAUAUUAAAAAAGAUCAGGCCAAUUAGAAAAAUUAAAAGUUCUUUUGGCGAGCUUUAGUAAAAAUACAAAAUAACUCCUAUUUAAAAAUGUAAAAAAUGAAUGAUGAAAUGUUUAUUAUUAAGCGUGAAACUUGUAUUAAGUAAAACGACAGCAAAAAAAAUUUUUUCUACGUUAAUUUAUCUGCCAAAUAAUUGCCAAAAACACUUUGUGAAUAAAACGAUCCUUUUCAAUUAUUUACCAAAAUUAUAAUGGUGAAAAUUGUGUUUUAUGAAAUUUUUUUAUUACCGAGUAGUGAUCACGUUAAUGAACAAAUUUUUACAUAACAUCUAAAAUACCUUUCAGAUCAAAAUUAAUCCUUCUGUGAUUUGCUUGGUUGGAAAUACUCAAAAAGCUCGAAAGGCUUUUUACCAAUGCUUAAUAAAUACAUUUUUUGUUACUGUUAAUAGCUGUGAUCUGAAAUUUUGCUUCUUGUUGCAAUGAAUUUUCGUUAUUCAUCUCUAAGAAAACAAAUGUGUUCAGUGAUUCACGACAGAGAGUUUACAUAAAAAAUGCCCAUCUACUACAUGCUAAUGUGUUAAACGAUGAACAAAUGUGUCCCUUCACCGAAUUUGAAAUAAUAAAGAUUAUUUUAAAAUGU